AUGGCAGAUCCAUCAAGCCAAUCCAACUAUAUUUCUGUCGCAAUCCGUCAUUUGAGCCUCGAAUGGUCGCUCGAUUUUCCGAUCCGCACGAUUUGUGGAACGGCGGUAUAUGAAUUAGAAGUGAAGGGGAACGAGGUGGCGGAGGUGAUACUGGAUACUGCCGAUUUAGUCAUUGACAGCGUUCAUGUAGAUGGCAGCUCCGUCGAGUUCUCUCUCGGAGCCAAACACCCCGUCAUGGGAUCGGCUCUUCACAUCCCCAUUCUGCACCCCGCAAUCAAGGGUGGAAGCGUGAAGCUUGCAAUCAAGUACGAAACGACGACUGAUUGUAUGGCGUUGCAAUGGCUAGAUAAGGAACAAACUCAGGGCGGAAAAUUCCCGUUCUUAUUCAGCCAGUGUCAACCUAUAUACGCGCGGAGUUUGGUGCCCAUUCAGGAUACUCCAUCGGUCAAAUUCACUUACAACGCUCGCGUCACCGCAGUCCUCCCGGUCCUCAUGUCCGCGAUUCUUAUAUCCCCUGCAUCGACAGGCCCCCCGCACGAUGGCAGAAAGAUAGGACAAGAUAAGGUCACAUACGUCUUUCUGCAGUCCGUUCCGAUUCCUUCGUACCUCCUCGCCAUCGCGUCUGGGAAUCUGCGGUACAGGCCUUUACCGGUGCCGAAAGGGAAAGACUGGACGAGCGGCGUAUGGGCAGAAGAAGAACUUGCCGACGCAGCUGAGUGGGAAUUUAAAGAAGAUACCACGAAGUUUCUGGAAGCCGAAGAAAAGAUAACGGUUCCGUAUCGGUUUGGAGUAUAUGAUUUAUUGGUCCUUCCGCCAUCAUUCCCAUAUGGGGGUAUGGAAAACGCAUGUGUCACGUUCGUUACGCCCACACUGCUCACCGGAGACAGGACCCUGGUCGAUGUCGUUGUUCAUGAAAUCACGCACUCAUGGUUCGGAAACGGGAUCACGCAUGCCAACGCCUGCCACUUUUGGCUUAACGAAGGCUGGACGACUUACAUCGAACGUUUACUCCAACAAAUUCUUCGUACGCCUGCACAUCGCGAUUUCUCGUUCCUGAUCGGAUCUAAAAUGCUUUACGACGAUCUCAAAUUGUAUGAAUCUAGACCAGCAUAUCAGCGAUUGGAGAUCGCUUUUGAGCACGGAGAGAAUCCAGAUGAUGCGUAUAGUAGUGUGCCAUACGAGAAGGGUGCGAAUUUCUUGUUGCAUAUCGAGCGCACACUCGGGGGCCUUGACGUAUUCCUUCCAUACAUCAGAAACUACGUGCAGACCUUUAUGGGAAAGAGUAUCACGACGCAGGAAUGGAAGGACCACUUGUAUGCUUACUACCGCGAGCACGGGACACGCGACAACGUCGAGGCGCUGGAUAGCCUCGACUGGGAUGCCUGGCUGCAUGGCGAAGGCUUGACACUCCCAGUCCCUAUCGAAUACGACAUGACGCUCGCUCGUCAAUCCAACGUGCUUGCAGAUCGGUGGGAUAAAGCGCGUACCUCGAUAAACCUUCAAGAACUCUUCGAUGCAUCAGAUUUACAAAAAUUAGACGCGAACCAGGUCGUCGUCUUCCUCGAACGCCUCCAGUCCUACGCUGCUCUUCCCAAAUCUCAUAUCAAUUUCCUGGGAUCAACGUACUCAUUUGCCACAACGCCCAAUGCCGAAAUUCGUCUCCGGUUUUACCAAGUCGCUCUGUUAGAUCCUCAGUCAGACGCUGCAAGGGAGUAUGCCGUAGAUGCCGCCGCAUGGGUUGUCGGCCGGGAGACCACGAGGGGCCAGAGCGAGGAAGGAAGGAAGGGGGUUGUCAAAGGUCGCAUGAAGUUCUGCAGACCAAUAUUUAGGGCGUUGUAUGCUGUUGAUGCGGAGUUGGCGUUGGGGACAUAUCGACGGCACAAACUUGCCUUUCAUCCGAUUGCGAGGAAUUUGAUUGAGAAGGUGAGAACUAAUGGUGCUUGUACGGUUGUAUUGAUUAUUGAUCAUUAA